AAUUACUUUUGAAGUUUAUUUUAUUAAACGAUGAUAAAUAGACUGCAUUUAGUAAAUGCUAUAGAGAAAUGUUAAUCGAAAAUGUGAGUACGAUAAUGUGAAUUUGUUAAUUGAAGAAAGGAGGAUAAUGUACUUAAGUGGCCACCGGAGAAGAGAUAAGGCAGAGGCAACGAAAGGCUUGUGUGCGGUAUGGUAGUAUCGUAUUAGUUUGCGUAUUGUAUUUGAUUAGUUCCGAGUUUGUGUGGGAAUAUUUGGUUAGGAGGGUACACACGCGUUCGAGUCCUAAUAGUAAUAGUGGCAAUUGGAACGAGUGCAUCAGAAGGGUCGAAGGAUAGAAAGAGAGACAAAUACAAUACACACGUAUAUGUAUGGUGUUGUAGAACUUAUCUGCAAAGCAUAGGUAUAAGGGUAUAAGGGUCGCGUGUGUUCUUUCUGGAGCGGCUGAGUGGGGGUAGUUUAUCGGAAUAGUGGGGAUGAAACGUGUCAGGACGACGUCGGGACGUCCGUCGCACCAACGGGACACAACACAUUCAAGCGUGGCCAGUGCGUGUGCUACAACGCUCCGACCUUCCGCCGACACGCGUCCACUUCCUUCCGAUCUCUCUUAUCAAAAACCAUCACAAGUGUGUGCUCAUCAGUGAUCAACGCAAUGGAUCACCUAUCGCAGAACCCGCCACUCCAUUGGGGAUACUCCGGCACUAAUGCAUCGUCCUCCUGGGCUCCGGUCACAAGGGCCGCCAAGAGGCCGCUCUCGGAGAGUGACGAUUGCGACGACGUCUUCUCCGAAGGAUCAUCCAAAGAACAAUGUACAUCACCUGGUGAUACCGAUAGUUGCCAAAUGCUCUCCAGAAAGAAACGCCGAGGUGUCAUCGAGAAGAAGCGUCGCGAUCGCAUCAACACUUCCUUAUCGGAGCUGAAGCGACUUGUACCCAGUGCUUUCGAGAAACAAGGAUCAGCUAAGCUGGAGAAAGCUGAGAUACUGCAAAUGACAGUUGACCAUCUGAAGAUGAUACACUCCAAAGGAUUGGACUCAUUCGCGUAUGAUCCUCAUAAGUAUGCUAUGGAUUACCAUGGAAUGGGAUUUAGGGAGUGCGCUUCCGAAGUGGCCAGAUAUCUCGAGAGGAUCGAAGGUCUGGAUAUUCAGAAUCCUCUCAGGCUGAGGCUCACUUCUCAUCUGCAGUGCUGCGCGGCCCAGAGGGAAUUGGCAACAAAACAAUCUUCAAGCGCACCCUGGGGAUACGGAGCAGGACAGCCACCUUAUCCGCCACCUCUAAAUCCGCCACUUCCGCCAUCACCGGCUUCGAAUCACGGCUCAGUGCAUCCCACGCAGUCUAUCCAUCAUCAGAAUAUGCACGACGUUCCGCCCCACUACGCUGACUUAUCCACGUCCUGCGCCCAAACUUCCGUCGCUCCGCCAGAGUUGAUUUCCUCCAGGUUGGCACCAGCCACUUCCGUUUUGACACCGCUGACCACAACCACCUCAUCGGCUUUGGGGUACAGCCCUCAUCAGUACCCCCCAAACUCAUUCAGCAUUCCGGCUCCUCAUCAGAACUACAACCAAAGCAACGGCAGUUCGCAAGGCAUGAAGCCCUACAGACCGUGGGGCGCUGAAGUGGCCUACUGAGACAUUCCAUUCGAUUUGUAAAUACGAGCUUAUCUUGCGUGUAUAUAAGAUUUAUAAGAAUUGCCAGCUUAAUCCCAAAGCUUAACAAUUUAAUUAGU